AUGUUCCAUCUUAUUUUGGGUAUAUUAAUUGGACUUACUCUUACCUUGACUCUAAGUACGCUAUUAAUUGCUUGCAUAUUUGAAGAUAAACCCGAAUCAGUCUCAAUUAUAGUAAAGACAUCACUAAUGAUUCAAAUUGUGAUACAAACAUUCUGCGCUUUAGUUUACCUAUACUUCUUUUGUAUAAUUAGUAAAUUUGUAAAGGAAUUUUUGCCAGAUGGGCUUAUUAGAGACUAUAGUCUUAAAAGCACUAAAAUACUGUUUAUCACAUUUUUUAUUGGAAUAAUAAUCAGAGCAUUUGUUCUCUGGACUAUUGUUUUCGAUGUUAUAAGCUAACUCGACAAGAUAUUCACUGGGGAUCAAAGAGAGGUUAUAGAGUAAAUUGCUUCAGGUCUUCUUAAUUUUACAGAAAUUGUGAUAAUAUUUUGUUUCAUAACCAUACUAAGAGACGCUAAAAAAUCUUAACUAGUUAUUUAAAUCGAAAAAGAAGAAUAACAAAGGAGGAAAACAAAUAUCAAUGCAUCUACUUCAUUAAAGCAUAAAUCUCAUAAUUCUAGUAGAAUAUCAGUCUUAUCAUAGAAUUUAAUUUCGAAUUAGAAUUCGUAAAUAGCAUUGUACGAUCAUCGACUUUAGUCACCAGUUGCUUCAAAUGAUGGUAUAAAUUAAUUUCCGGAGGAAAAAUAUAUGAACGAAGAUUUCGAAAAGCAGCUUGAAGUGAGUAGUGUAAAUCUAAGUUUAGCCUAAUAUGAGACAUCGGAAUUCGGUGACUCAGUUAUAGAUAGUAAUCAAAGAGAAUAUAUCUUAAAAGAAACUGCUUUUAAGUUACUAGAUGAGUGA